AUGAGUCAACAACAACCUUCAACACCAAAUAACAAUAAUAGGGAAUUAAUCACAACACCAACAGGAGAAGUGAUCAGCGUGGCAACACCUUUAGAAUUAUAUUUUUCUCAAAAUUUUAUGGGUAAUGAGCCAAUGUAUAGAGUGUUUGAACUUCCCGAUGAUUUUGAUAUUGAUGGAUAUUUGGAAUCUGUUGGAGGCUCAUCCGAUAUUAUGCAAGAUGAAGAUGAGAUUUUAAAAAUUGAACAAGAUUUGGAUUCUUUACCAACAGCAUUCUACAUCAAGGGUGAAAAUAAUAGUCCAGCUUUUUUGUGUACAGACUCUAAUAGUUUUGAAAUUACUCGAGUUGACACUUCUAAUACUGUAUUAAUUUUGGAUCCAAGUAGUGGUGAAAUACAUGGAAGAGUAUCCUGUACCUAUGAAAUAACACCUUCUGUGGUCAAAUUGAAAGAAGAUAUUGAGAAAAUAUUACCAUACUAUCCAAAGAAUGGUAUUAGUGAAUCAGAGACAAUUACUGGCAAUGUAAAAUUUAGAUCUGAAAAUAAGAAGGAAGCUCUCACUUUGGAGGAAUUAGAGUCUUGUAUCAAAGCCAGUAGAAAUGAAAUACUGAACUGCUUAACAUAUGAAUGUCAUGCAAUUUGUAAUGACAGAACAAAUCGUUGGUAUUUAUUAGAUCAAAAAUUAUUCUUCCAAAUUUAUGAACUAUUGCUAUUAAUGCUCGCAGAAACCUCUUUUUCAACCAAAUUAGCUUUAGAUAGAGAAAAUGUUAAAAAAGAGCUUGGUGGUGAAUAUGAUCAUCUCUUACUUGAACACUGUCUUGACCUUCUAUCAUCACAACCAUCCUUCAACUCUACUGUUGAACUUGAUAUCAAUAAGAUUUGUAUAUUUAAUGCUAUUUCAUUAUUCAAUACUCAUAAUAAGUGGAGACUAAAAGACUUCCAAAAUACUUGGGAUGAAUCAAUGAAUUCAUUCCAACAAGCUCUAAAUUAUAGAAAUCCAGAUAUUUCACUUUUAAUCUCACAAGGAUAUUGUGUCUUGGUUGAAGAAGAAAAGAAUUUAUCGAAAGAAAACACAAUGAUUCACUUUUUAGAUAGAAGAGAUUUACCAUCUCAAUACAAAGAAAGACUCACAAGAAUGUUCAAAUGCAAACCAAAAUGGACCUUUAACGAAAUUUUAAUUUAUUUUUCUGAACUAAUGCUCUCUAAAAGUGAAAACGCACUUCAUCAAGAGUUGGAAACAUUGCUGAAGAAGCAUUGCAAGAUCCAACAAUCAGUUUUGAAAAAGGAAAAGUUUUACUUGAUGAAAUAA